GAAAUGAGUGGAGGUGUGUUGGGAAAAGUUCCGGUGACAUUACUGAUAGGCAGAAACCGGUGGGGCAAGGGGCGUGUCCUCGGUCAGGUGUGCAUGUGAUGGAGGAGGAGCAAAGAAGCCUAUUUAUGCAGAAGCACACCUGGUGAGGAGCACCUUUCAGUCAUGGCUCUCUAUAAAGUGAUCGCCGUGGCAACCCUGCUGACCGCGCUGACUCCAGAGUCCCUCUCACAGCUCGCUGUCUGCGGUCGGCCCCCACUCAACACUCGCAUUGUGGGGGGGCAGGUGGCCCCUGUGGGCAGCUGGCCCUGGCAGGCCAGUCUGACACAGUCUGGGAGGCACUUCUGUGGGGGGUCGCUGAUCAACAAUCAAUGGGUGCUGACUGCUGCUCACUGCUUCCAACCACCCAGCACCAACAACCUAGUGGUGUACCUGGGCCGCCAGAACCAGCAGACCUCCAACCCCAACGAGGUGUCGAGGGCAGUGUCGAGAAUCAUCAAUCACCCCGAUUACAACUCGGCAACCAACGACAACGACAUCACCCUCCUCCAGCUGACCUCGCCGGUGUCCUUCACCAACUUCAUCCAGCCCGUCUGCCUGGCGUCACCCGGCAGCAGUUUCUACAGCGGCAUCAACGCCUGGGUCACCGGCUGGGGCACCAUCCGCUCUGGAGUUCCCCUUCCGUUCCCACAAGCCCUGAUGGAGGUGGAGGUGCCCAUCGUGGGGAACAGACAGUGCAACUGUGACUACAGAGUGGGCCAAAUCACAGACAACAUGAUCUGUGCCGGGCUGCGUGCUGGAGGGAAGGACUCCUGUCAGGGGGACUCGGGCGGUCCGCUGGUGAGCCAGCAGGGCGGCGUCUGGGUCCAGGAGGGGAUCGUGAGUUUUGGAAGAGGUUGUGCUUUGCCCAAUUUCCCUGGAGUCUACACCAGGGUGUCCCAGUACCAGUCGUGGAUCAACAGCCAGAUCUCCAGCAACCAGCCGGGCUUCAUCGUCUUCACCUCCACCGGCACCGACAGCGACCUCAGCGUCACCUGCCCCGGCCUGCCUCCGCCCCCGACCACAGCGCCCCAACCGAUGGUCUGCGGCAGCGCCUCCCUGAACUCCCGUCUGUUGGGGGGGGGCUCUGUGACCUCGGCGGGGGUGUGGCCCUGGAUGGCGAGCCUGCAGAAGAACGGGAGCCACGUGUGCGGCGGGACCCUGGUGGCCGAGGACGCCGUGCUGAGCGACUCCGGCUGCUUCUCCAGCCCCCCCUCUCCGUCCGAGUGGACCGUGGUGCUGGGCCGGCUGAAGCAGAACGGGUCCAACCCCUUCGAGGUGACCCUCAACGUGACCAACAUCACCAUGAGCAACCUGAACGGGUCCAACGUGGCGGUGCUGAAGCUGGCCCGCCGGCCCGUCCUGUCCUCCUACAUCCAGCCCAUCUGCCUGGACAACGGACGCACCUUCGCCGUGGGCUCCAUGUGCUGGGCCGCCGGAUGGAACGCCGGGCGAGGAGGAGUGGAACAAGUUCUGCAGGAGUUCCAGACCUCAGUGGAGAACUGUGGGAACGCGUCGGCGUCCGGAGAGACCAUCUGUACCGGGACCUUCACCCUGGAGCAGGGGGACAUUGGGGGUCCACUGAUGUGUAAGCUGGAUGGCUCCUGGUUCCAGGCAGUGGUGUUAACCUCUGGAAACACCACCGGGCAGACGCGAGCACCCGUGAUGGUGUUCCCCAAGCUGAGCCGCUUCCAGAACCUUCUGCGUGAGACGGUGGGCUUCUUGUCACCCUCCGUCGCCUCCACUACCAACACCACGCCCUCCACCAACACCACGGCCUCCAGCAACACCACGGCCUCCACCAACACCACGGCCUCCAGCGGGGAUCACGUUGCUCACUCCCCCUCCUUCUUCUUCUUCCUCCACCUGCUUGUGUUCUCCGUUUGUCUUCCCCUCUUCCUGUAGGAGCCUCCACCCUCCUUAUGUUAGGCUAAUGUUGACUGCUGAGUCGAGCUGAGUCAUCUGGAAACCCCUCGUGACCUCACUCUAUCACCUUCACUUCCUGUCUGUUCUUAAAAUAAAACUACUACUUUUGAUGUCUGAAAUGAAGAAUUAAGCUGCACUGAAUAAAUGUCCCUGUUUUUAUUGUUAUUUUUUAUUUUUUAUUGUUAUUGGUGAAAUCUUUGUUAUAUGUGAUAUUUGUGCACUGGUAAUGAUUUGGAUUGAUUUUUCGAACAUAAUGAUGUAGCGUAACGCUCCGAAUUCUAAAGGGAGAUCAUACUCAUUGAUUACACUACUAUUGAUUACUACUUCUGAAGAACAGACGAUGAUCUACCUGUCAAUCAUCUUCCUUACAUUAUCUGAAAUGUCGUAUCUACCUGAGGCCGCAUUAACAGACACAAAUGUCCUUUAUGUUAUUCGGUCUGAAGAUUGAAUGUGAAAACACUUCUUCUGCUUUUAAUGAAGAGACGUAUGGAAGUAAAUCUGUGCCAUCGGGGGUUGAAAUAAAAAGUUGAUUGAAUUUCUAGCACUGAAUAUUUAUGCAUUGAAAUUAUGUACCUGAAUGUUUUUCAACAUUAAAAC